CGGCACUUCCGGGAGCGUUGCGUGGGUCUCUUCCGCCUGCGAGGUAACGACAUGGCGGACUUGACUGGCCCAGCCAAGCCGCUCCUUUCCCUGAACCCGCAGGAGGAUACCAAGUUUAAGAAGGAGGUGGCGCAGGUUCGCCGGCGCGCAAGCAAGCAACAGGAGAAACAAAAACUUACUCCUGGAGUGAUCUAUGUGGGCCACUUACCUCCAUCGCUUUAUGAAACCCAGAUCCGAGCAUAUUUCUCCCAGUUUGGCACUGUUAAAAGAUUCAGACUGUCCAGGAGUACCAAGACUGGAAAUAGCAAAGGCUAUGGCUUUGUGGAGUUUGAAUCUGAAGAUGUUGCCAAAAUAGCUGCUGAAACGAUGAAUAACUACCUUUUUGGCGAAAGACUCUUGAAGUGUCAUUUUAUACCACCUGAAAAGGUACAUGAAAAACUUUUUAGAGAGUGGCAUAUGCCAUUUAAAAGGCCAUCAUAUCCAGCAGUGAAACGGUAUAAUCAGAAUCGGACACUUCUUCAAAAGCUACGGAUGGAAGAGCGAUUUAAAAAGAAGGAAAAAUCACUCAGGAAGAGAUUGGCUAAGAAGGGAAUUGAUUAUAACUUCCCUUCACUGGUCUUAUGUAAAAAUGAGGAAAAUGCUUCAAACACUGGUCCUCGAAAUUCCAGAAAGCACCAGGCUUUACGUAAGAAGAAAAAAGCGGCUUUGGUCACUCCUAACACUCCUGAGAAGACUGUGGAUAGCCAGGGCCCCACGCCGGUUUGUACACCAACAUUUUUGGAGAAACGAAAAUCUGAAGUGGCUAAAAUGAAUGAUGAUGAUAAAGAUAAUGAGAUCGUUUUCAAACAGCCCAAAUCUGGUGUAAAAGAAGAAACAAAAGACACUCAGGCGCCUACAAGUUCAAGGAAAAAAAGACGAAAAAAAAGCAACCAGUAAUUCUGAAUGUAUUGUGUAUCGUUGUGGUUCUGAAAAAGGUGAUUUUGUUACGGAGGCUGGUUCUUUGUAUUUAACUCUAUACGGUGGAAUGCAAUCAGUAACAAGAUGGUUGGAAAAGAAAACUGUCAAUUCAAGUCAACCUGGAGAGCAGUCAGUGAUUUGGGCAUCCCCGCCCUCACAGAAAUGCAAGGGUGAGCACCAGCUCACAGCAGCCCGCUCACGCUGCCUGUGUCCUGUCUGCGGCUCUCUCCAGCUUUCAUAGCUGCCUUUAGUUGCUCUGCCUGGGUAGCUUAAGUACUAGGCUGUACCCCUUGUUGUUACCAUUAAAUAAAGAAAAUAAAAUCUUUAUUAAGUGACCGUGUAAGUGGUUCUCUGUUAGACCCAUCAGAUGGCUGAAACUGGACAUUAAAUUGUAUGAAGAGUGAGAAGGCAGGGUCUCUAUUAAUAGGGAUUCAUUUAUGUAUAUGUGAUCAUUUUUACCAAUGUUAGUUUGGGGUGGGCUGGCAUGGAUUAAUUAAUAACUACAUCCUGUAUCAGUAUCAUCCAUCUGGAAUUAGACUUCAAGAUUCAAGCAGUGACUGCCAGGUAAACUUUUUCUAUAUUUUUCUGUAUGCAAGGGGAACUUGGGUGUCUUGAAGUAAAAUUGUUGGUUUUCGCCUUUUCAACUAUCUUUAAGUUUCCCAUGCUCUUGAAAUAUGCUUUUGUAUCAGCUAAUUCAGGUUCAUUAAAAACAUUCAUUGCCACCAAA